UUUCGCCUCGCACCAGCCUGGAGGAUGCCGGUGAGUUGCAGGGGUCAGAAUCCCCCUCGGGCUCAGGCUUCUCUAGGCACUGACCCCCUAGCCACUCGCUUGCAGAGCCCAGCUGCUUCUCUCGACCCCGAGCCUUCGACUGCUCCAGUCCCCAUGGGGCCGAGCGUCUCCCCAGGACUCAGGGAGAGCGCCUCGGGGCCCCACGCACCGCCUGGGCUGGAGGAGGCGCUGAGUGCACUGGGGCUGGAGGGAGAGCGGGAGUAUGCGGGGGACAUCUUCGCCGAAGUCAUGGUGUGCCGCGCGCUGCCCGGGAGGGCCCUACCCCGUGCCGUGACCCCGGAGAUGCGUGCUCUAGUGGUGGACUGGCUGGUCCAGGUGCACGAGUACCUGGACCUGGCGGGGGACACGCUCUACCUAGCGGUGCACCUGCUUGAUUCCUACCUGCGCGCAUACCGCGUGCGCCCACACCGCCUGCAACUGCUGGGCGUGGCCUGCCUGUUCGUGGCCAGCAAAAUGGAAGAGUGCGGCUUUCCCGAGCCCGCCUCCCUCUGCCUCCUGGGCGCCGGCUCCUUUUCACCCGCUGAGCUUCUGCGAGCCGAGCGCCGCAUCCUGAGCCGCUUGGACUUCCGGCUGCACCACCCCGGCCCUCUCCUUUGCUUGGGGCUACUGGCCGCACUGGCGCGGAGCAGCCCCUCGGUGCUGCUCCUGGCUACCUACUUCUUGGAGCUGUCCCUGCUAGAGGCCGAGGCUGCUGGAUGGGAGCCCGGUCGUCGUGCGGCUGCAGCUCUGAGCCUGGCACACCGCGCGCUGGACGGGGCGGGCUCCGGGCCUGAACCGGCGCUUUACAGCCCCUUGGAGCUGGGCGCCCUUGAGCCGUGCAUGGCCCGCGCUGCGCUCCGAGGCCCAGCGCCCGGCCGUGCCGCCAUUUUCCUCAAGUACGCGCGGCCCCAGCGGCAAGGCAUCAGCCUGGUUGCCGCCCGUCUGCUCCGCUGCCCCCAGCACUGGCCUUGCUGAGCCUUGAGAUAGGAUUUCAAAAAAAAACCACUUGUGUAUCAGUUUUCCAUUUCAAUAAAAGUUUUUUAUUCUGAGC